AGUACAUCUGGAUCACAUUAGAAAUUGGAACAACGAUCCGGUCCUCAUAUGGUUCGGCUGGAGACAGCAGAGAACUGUUGCUUAAGGAGCAGCAAACAGCCAGAUGUCGCAAGAUUAAAACCAGUCUGGAUGAUUCUAGAAGAGCUGCAUUUGAGGAAGAAGACGGCCAGAACGCGUUAGUUCUCUUAUCAGUUGCAUUGGUGUUAAUCGAUACCUUAGUGAUGUACAACUGGUGCUCACUUUUAGCAGCAUUCCUCUUAACUCAGAGGAUGGGGUAUGCACAGAGACAAGAGAUGGUUAUGAUGCAGUAUUUUGAAGGAAGAAUGAACCAACUUGAGGACCGCCUGGCCAAAUGUGACCAGGACAUGCAAAACUAUGAACAGAAGCUAUACGACCUGUCCAAGGAGGUGAGGGGCCGGCUGGAGGCACUGAACGUAUUCAAGGCUGAGGUGAAGAGCCAGGUGGAGAGUGCGGUGAUGAGGGUGGAGCGUGUAGAGAGGGAACUGGAGUACUUGGAGACUGAGGGCCCAAAGCAGCCCUGUGUGGAGAUCGACGAGACGCUUCUGGAGCAGCAGGUGAAGGAGGAGCAGCAAAAGAAGAAGGUCCAGAUUAACCUGGGGACAGAUUGUAAUAUGGCACUGUCAGCAGUAAAGUCACUGAAGAUAGUGAAGAGAGCAGGAGAUGCAAAUGGCUCCUGGCUGAAAGACCCUAGCAAAGGAUCAGGUAAGGUCUAUUUCUUCAGUGGCUCCAAGAACAGCACCUUCCUGGAGUUCACCUCCAUGAAGAACUUCACUGAGGGCAAUUUUUCCCAGGCAGCACGCAGGAUCCAGCUCCCCUUUCCCUGGCAGGGGACCGGACAUGCUGUGUACAAUGGCUUCCUGUACUACCACAGGGCUGAUACAGCCAAUGAGAUCCUCAAAGUCCACAUCCACAACUUGACCGUGAAUGACCGCACGCUUCUGCAGGGGGCAGGGCGGAUGCCAGCCUACUCACUGUCCCCACACACCUUCAUUGACCUUGCGGUGGAUGAGCUGGGCCUAUGGGCCAUCCACGCCGACUCAGACUUUGGGGGAAAUCUGGUGCUCACCAAGCUGGACAAGAGCAGCUUGGGAGUGGAACAUACCUGGGACACGCCCUGCAAGAGCAGGGAUGCCGAGGGAGCCUUCGUCAUCUGUGGGACACUCUACGUGGUGUACAACUCACGCUAUGGUGGACGUUCCACCGUGCAGUGCCUGUACGAUGUUUAUGACACCAUCCAUAGCGAAGACACCCCCCUGCUCUUCUUCCCUAAACGCUACGCUACCCACUCCAGCAUGCACUACCAUCCCAAAGAGAAGCUACUCUACUCCUGGGAUGAGGGUUACCAGACCGUCUACAAACUGGAGACCAAGAAGAAAAACAAAGUUCCUUCAAUCUAACAUGGAUCUGUCUAACAAGAUUCUGAUAGUAAAGUCACAGCUGCUGUCAGUAUUCACCUUCCUCUCAAACAGCAGUAUUCUUUACAGGUUAUGAAUGAAUCACUCCUCCCCAGUUUUCAUGCUUGUAUUACAAGUCCAUGAGCUUGUGUGACUGGAACAAAUCAUCCCUGUACCAUCUGAAGAUUGAAAAAAAAACAGGAACAACUGCCAAAAAGGCUGAAUAUCAUGUCACAUCAGUAUCUCGUUUGCAUGAAAAGCUAAUGUUUUAUAUGGAGCACUUGCCUUAAGUUACACAUACACAGAUUGGACAUCAUGUUGCUGUCUAAUCAAAUGCCAUCCUUUCACUUAUGUCAUUUUAUAUUUCAUGGACUAAUAACUAAAACCAAAUAAUAAUAAAUGUCUCAUGCAUUAUGGUGGUAGUUUUGUCACCAAGGUCAUGG